CAAAGCAAAACUAGACAAGACAAAAAACAAACACAAGGCCAGCGAAAUUGCGAAAUUGGGUUUCCUGUGUUGUAUUUGUCCGGUAGAACAUGGGUACCACCUCGAUUGCGAGGCAACCAAUACCAAACAAAAAUGGCGGCGAAAACAAAAAAAGUCAAAUUUACAAGAAAAUAAGCCGUAAAAUCUGACAAAACGGCUUUAUUAUGCUAUAAUUUUAUAAAUUAUAAAGAGUUUGAAGUAUGGUAUCCGUUUUUAUGUUUUAACGGUAAAAUUUCGUGUUAAAUUGAGAAGAAUAUGUCCUUUGGAGGAAGGUCUUUGAAGAAACAACUUCUCAAGAAAGAGCUUGAACAGUUGACAAAACAGUCGCAAGAUGAAUUUUCCUCCUUGCCUUCUUCAGAAAAAGAAGCUUUGAGACAGAAGACUAAAACUAAUGUAUUCGAAAGGCCAAAAUUGAAAAAGAAAAAGCUUAAAGUUGAUGAAAUAUCCGAAGAGAGAGACAUCCUUGCAGAAACUCCAUCUGUUGACCUCGAAGCAGAGUUUAAAAAUGUCGAGUUUUCGCUCGAGGAAUUCCCAUUUGUUAAAGACGAAGAAGCUAAGAGAACUACUGGUUYUGCUAAAGUUGCAUCGAUUAAAGCAAAUGUUGAUUUGCAUGUUGUUAUGCAGGGAAAAAAAGUCGAUGAUAAAAAUGAUGUUUCGGGUCCUGUUUCUACGGCUCGCAACUCAAAAGCUAGUCAGCGUUCGUCUGGUACUAGUCCUACUACAAGGCGCAGGCCAUUCAGUAGCUCACGAGGUCCUCUCAGGACAACCCCCCCUGUCAACACACAUGGUGGAGUCGUUCAAAAGCCAGCCAUCAUUAGUUCGCAGAAUUCCACUAUGCAACUUCAGCURAACCAAAGACCYACACCAAAACCAGUUAAUGUCGCUAGCAGGCCAGGGUCAAAAGUAUCUGGACGAACAUCAGGGAAGCAGAGUCGUGCGAGUUUAGCUCCAUCUGAACUGGUCGAAGGAGAAAAUGAUACAAACAGCGAUCGACCAAGAGAAGUCCACAUUCCUCAAGUACAACAAACAGAGAUUGUAGAACAAGAAGAUGAAAUUGAGAUGGAAGCAGAAAAUGAGGGAGAAAUCUGUGAAGAAGAAGAAAAUGAAGAGCAGAAAAUACAAUUAUCGCCGCUACCUGAAGAUAUGGAGGUUAAGGAGGGCAGCUCACCUAUCCCUCUUAAUCCAUCUGAUAUUAUACACUCAGAAAUCCAGCUACUGACAAAGUCAUUAAUGUCACAGGACAGCUCUAUCAUAAACAUACUACAAUCCUACGACAUUGAAAAAAACACAGAAAGUGAAGCUAAUAAAACCAAAGAGAUAACUUCUCAUAAGAGCRUCAAAACCACUGAMGAAGGCUUUGGUCUCCUUAAUGGUGGUGCUCCAAUAUCUCCGCUGUCGCCAAGGAAAUCCGAUAAUCAGGUGUUUGARAARAAGCAUAACGUCAGCCAGAAGAGUMUUGRUGAGUCUAAAACUGAUCUGAAGUCAACGCCUCCUACAAGAGAGUGGCCUGGCUUAGUCUCAAGUGAACUAAAGCAGGCCAGCUUAACAAGUUUCACAGAUGAAGAAGCACAACAKAUCAUGGAUCUACCACUUGACGUCAAAUCAGAAGAUAUCAUUAGCAUUCAAGGGACAAAAACACAGAUUAUUUCAUCAGAAGUAACAGAAAAAGAAAGUGUUUCAUGGCUUGGAUCAUGGAGCGAGAAAAAAGUGGCUCAAGAMCAUAAUAUUCACCAUUUCUGCACCAUGGCAACCACUAUGGAGAUAUCACCCCAGAUGCAYCAGAUGACGCGCGACAGUCAUACUCCAGAUAGACUCUAUAGAGCUAGACAAAGGUACAACGUACUUGGAGACUCAAACAUUCAUGAAACAAAGCCAUUGUUCACAUUCCAAGAAAGUGAGGAGUAUUAUCGGAAUAUUUUAGCUGAAAAACCYAGCGAUGAAGAAAGAAGAAUGUCAAUUAUCGCUCAUAGAAUUCUUGAUAAGGCWCUUUCAGGUGAACCRGAUGAAGUGAUCAAAAAGCUUAAGGCAGCUUCUGAUCAACUCUUUCUUGAUGAAGAUGAAAAGACCCUUGAGAUYCAGGGCGUUAAGCUAGAUGUUAAGGAUGACAGCUCUAGGUUAUAUUGGACACCAGCMCCUCCAAAGAUGGGACUGGCCCCAGAGACUAUAAAGACCCACUUGUUCCCAGAAUACCAAGGGGCAGAGAUGUUGAAAGARAGCAUUGGUCAAACUGAUCAUGUUGCUUUGACUGCGCUKCCUGAAAGUGAGGAUGAAGACGAGGAGGAGGAUGGUACYGCUGUUCAAGACGAUAGGACAUCAGCGACAAGGUAUGAAGGGAUGGAAGAACAAAUGGGAUGRUUCCUUGACAGAACWCACAGGUCUCUAUCAGACCUUUCCCAAGUUGGUCUCACUACRGAYACACAGMGACCAAACACAGAUAACCAAGGUGAUCACAACCAAGAACAYCAUGAUAUAAUAAGGUUUGAAUCAUUGUUGGAUARAAGAAGACAACAGAUCAAAGAAGAAAAGCAAGAUAUKGUCAAACUAGACRACAGAGAUGGUGAUGGUGWGAYAGAWGUGGGAGACUUGGCACCAGAAGAGYAUCACAGGUCAUUCAGACGUGCACAAUCAGAACCCAUGUUGUCUUUUGACAAAGAAAUAGUCAAGUUGGUCAGCAACUAUGAUGUCAGCAUGAAAGAGCUGGAAUAUCAGUUAAAUGCUGUUGCGGCAGCCAAAGAGGAGUUACAAGGUGAAGAUGAUGCUGAUGAUGAAACAGAAGCAGAUGAUAAUGACGAACAAUCAUCAACUAUCAAAGAUGUGUCCACCUUGGAUUCGUUGUACUCACAAAGCCUUUCUACAGAUUUUCCAAGUAAAACCAAAGAAGAUGAAUCACAUGAAGAAAGUAAGACAGACAUGGACACAAUGUCCAUCACCACGACAACCAGYAAACAAACAGCUAUGACAAUCAAGACACAUAGACURUCRAUACCCAGAGGUUCUGUCAGCUUUUGCAAUCUGUUGUUACUCAAACAGAAUUAUGGCACAAAACAGGCUGACAAGGAGAGCUUUGAGAUGAAUAAAGCACCAAGCGUCAAUGACUUGCAGAAUUUUGAGAACCUUAUUCAUGAAGACCCAUCAAAGCCUAUUGAUGACUUGUAUGACUGGACAAGAGAAAACUACUGGUACAAAUGGUUUGACGAAGUUUAUCCACCUUCAACUGCAACACCUGAACUAAGAUAUGACUUCUUAAGUGCAACUUCACCGAGAGCCACCACAACCAUGAGAUCUAUUGAACUAGAGAGUCUGUUACUAGAUGCAUACUGGCACAGACAUCUACUUCACUUACUCCAGAACAAUAAAAAGGCUGCUCUUGAUGACUUGACAUUCAUCAUUAAAAUCAAUGGGAGUUCUGCACGGGCUUACAGAUCAAGAGCGGAGCUCUACCGUCAGCUUGGCGAUGCUACAAUGGCAAUUGUCAACUACUCACAGGCCAUUAAGCUCAACCCUAGUGAUGUCGAAACGUAUUACCAGCGCGCCAAUAUGUUUAAAUUGCGUGGUGAUAUGCUACUUGCAUUAGAAGACUACAAUAUCGCAGCUAAGCUACUUCCCAGUCGAACCGAAGCUAAGUUUGAAGUUGGCAAGUUCCACUUCGAUCAUGAAAACUGGAAUGGUGCCAUCAAUGAUUUCAAUGCGAUCUUACAGCAAGACCCAGUCGACUCCCUUGCCUAUACAUAUAGAGGACGGGUAUUCAAGAAAAUGGGUCAGUUUGAUAACGCUCUUCGUGACUUCUGCGCUGCAAUUCAUUAUAAUCCCGAUAAUGCCGUAGCUUUGUACCAUCGAGCCUGCAUAUUAAGAAAGCUUCACCCUCGAAGAGCUCUUCAAGACCUUAGUGUGUCUCUUCUUCUUGACAGCACCAUYAAUAAUGUCAAUGCUUUUUUACACCGUGGUAUUCUAUACACUGAUUUAAAGAGAUGGGAGGAUGCCAUCCCAGAUUUUGAGGCAGCAUUGGAACUCGAUCCCACAUUGGCUUGUGCUCGUGUCAAUAUCGGUCUUAUCUACAUAACCAAGUACAAUAAUUACCAUAGGGCUAUCCGUCAGUAUACCUCUGCCAUCCACGUCGACCCUACGUAUAUCAGAGCUCGUAUAUGCAGAGCUGAGGCCUAUCAGAAGCUUGGAAUGUUGCAAGAGGCAGUCAUGGACUAUACUCAUGUUAUUCACGUCAGACCAGAUGUACCUGAUUACCAUAUGGCCAGAACAAGCAGCUAAGCUUAACCAAGGUCUUGGAGCUUCGCCAACCCAGCAGGCUGUUGUUCAGAGUUUUUUGAGCAAUUUUGAUUUGGCCAUCCAAGUCCUUGAUCGCGCAACGCGUGUGAAUCCAUCAGCUCCGAUGUUUAUUUUACUGGGUAAAACAAAUAUGAAGGCAAAACGUUUCCCAGACGCCAUCGUCAGCUUUAAGAAAGCAAUAACUGUCAUGACACCAUGGCAUACUCGUAUGGCGAUGCCCCUGGAGGCCGCCCCAGUUUACUAUAUGAUUGGCAUCUGUCACUCAGAGUUAUUCGAGUUUCAAAACGCCUUGGAUGCUUUCAACAGUGCCAUCAAAGUGAACCCAGAAUACGCCGAGGGCUUCUAUCAAAGAGGUUUAACCAAGAUGAAGCUUCGCUACACUAGAGGAAUACAUGAUUUUAACAGAGCCCUUGCUAUCAAUCCCAAGCUAUUCCAGGCGUUUCUCAGUCGUGCAGCAUAUUAUGGGAUGAAGAAUCGGUUUAGUAAAGGUAUUAUGAGCUGCAAUGAAGCUAUCAAACUGCAACCUAGAAGUGUUAGAGCUUACAUGUACAGGGGUGCACUAAAAUAUCACAUCAAAGCGUACGGUCUUGCAGUGAAGGACCUUACUGAGGCCGUUGCCAUUGAUUGUCGUUGUUCUCUCGCAUACUUCAACCGUGCAGUCUGCUAUCAUGGCAUGAAAUUCUAUCAAAAGGCCUUGAUGGACUAUAGUACAGUUUUGUUGCUGGAAAACAAGCCUAAUAUCAAGGUUUUGCAGAAUCGAGGUUUGUUGUAUCAUGAAAUAAACGACACGGAAAACGCGCUGGAGGACUUCAAGGCUGCGGCAAAAAUAUCUACCGUCGAUCCAUUGAUCCGUCAUGCCUUGGGCUACUGCUAUCAUAAACUUAAUCGAUUAGAAGAGGCUGUUGCUUCCUAUGACGAUGCGUUACGUAUCGAUCCUUUCUUCGUGGAGGCCUACAACGGUCGGGGUAACGCCUUGAUGGAUUAUGGGCACGAACAGGGGAACGUACUCGGAAGGCGAGAUUACCUCAAAGCCCUUCACAUCAACCCACGAUGCCUUUCAGCCCGUGUUAACCUGGCAUACAAUCUUCAGGUGGAAGGAAAAUUUCAAGAUGCUUGGAAACAGUUCUCUGCGGCCAUCGCCAUGGAUACAGCAUGUCAGGCUGCACUGGAGGGAAGAGCUGUCAUUAAUCUUCAAAUGAGCAAUACUUUUGGUGCGUUGGUUGAUCUAAACGACGCAAUCAAGAUCUCCAAAACAGCUGAGCUUUUGAACAAUAGGGGCGUGGUCCAUCAGUUCAUGAACGAUUACGUGAAUGCUGUUCGUGACUAUCAGGCUGCKAUAAGACUAGAACCUUCGUACGCCUUGUCGUACUACAAUGCUGGGAAUGUUUACUUUAARCAAAGRCAGUUUAAACAGGCGCUGAGUUACUAUGAUAGAGCGUUGUCAUGGACACCAGACGAUGAAUCGUUUGUUCUUAACAGAGCAAUAACAAAGGUGUUACUUCGUGAUUCAAAAGGAGCCAUUCAUGAUUUUAACAAAGCUGUGGAACUAAACCCAUAUGCUGCGCAUGUGUACUUCAACAGAGGAAAUCUGUACGCAUCUCUGAGAAAAUAUAAAGAAGCUGAAGAUGAUUACACGAGAGCUCUAAGUCUGUGUCCUGGUGAUGCAUUGGUGUACAAGAGAAGAGCGGAUGUGUUAGGCAAGCAAUCCAAACGGGACGCCGCCAUUAAAGACUACAAAAAUGCCAUCAUUAUCAAGACUCGUGCUACCAACAAGAAGGGGUGAACCGAUCAUAUUGUCGAGUAUACAGCUCUUUUAAAAAGGUUGUCGGAAAAAUAGGAAAACCACGACCGAAAGGUAUUUUGGGUAUUGAUUAUUGAUGAAUAUUCUCGCCCAUCAAAGGCCUUAAUACUGUUGAUUCUGUGUAAUAAAGAUUUUCAACGAUG